GCAAGACUGUGCCAAAAUUAAUCCGCUAACGCGUUUGCCAAGUGCUUCAGGUUUAAGAAUUUUCGUUUGUUUUCUUCUCAUAACGCUUUUAUAGCUCAGUGGAAUACGUGAUUCGUGAAAGUGUAGUGAAAUUCGGUUUUGGUCGUUUACGUGUCGAUCAUCUAAGGUCGUUCAUACUUGGGCGCUUCGCUUUAACAGUUCCGUGAAAUUAUCGACCGACCGCACGAUUUCCAUGGAAAUGGAAAGUUAGUUUGAUCGCCUUUGUAAGCGACAAGGCAGAUUGUCAACAGCGUCUCGGCGGAGACCAAAGUCUGGGCGAUGAUAAAAAUGACUGUAGCGACAUUCAGCUGAUAAAGGGCAAAUUGCGGAAAUGGUCGGAGAGAGCGGAGCCGGAGAAAACGGAGGCUGCGGAGAUGCAGAAUCGGACUGCAACGUGAGGAGCCUUCAGGCUUGCCUGUUUCCCCCGCAGUUUACGCCGUGCACCAGUUACUUCUCCAAUUUUUCCAUCAAAGUGCAACCGGACGACCGUUUCAAGGCGAUAGAAUCGUUUUCGGCUAAGGAAUCGUUCCCCGCACUCAAAGACGCGGCCUUCAUCUUACAACCCCCGCGCUGGCCCACCGAAUGUCAGGUUUUGGAGGAGCAAAUUAGACACGUGAAUUACAUCCCACCCGGCGCUGAACCGUACUAUCAAGUUACCGGGGACGAAUGCCAGCCGAAACCUUCGGGAGAGGAAUGCGGAGUGCUUGUCUAUCAAUACUGCCCGAUCGGAGCGGUUAAUUAUUUCAGUAGAUCGAGCGUCGGUGGCAGCCGCUACCUGUUGUCAUCGAAUUUAUGUGCUGAGGACGACAGCCUGAGGUUCGAGUCGCGGUUCGAAUCUGGGAAUUUGGCGCGGGCGAUCCGUAUCACCGAAAAUUACUACGAGCUGCACCUCAGGUCGGAUCUUUACACCAACCGGCACAUGCAGUGGUUUUAUUUCCGCGUGUCGAAUACGAAAAGGAACUUUUUGUAUCGCAUAUCGAUAACAAAUUGUUCGAAAGAAGACAGCCUGUACAACGAAGGCAUGAAACCCCUGAUGUAUUCGAAAAAAGACGCGCAGCUUCAUUCGAUCGGGUGGCGCCGGUGCGGCCAAAAUAUCACCUACUUUUGCAACGAUAACGUUUCACCGGAAGACCAGGAUCAGCUGCAAACGUAUACGCUCACCUUCACGGUGACGUUUCCGCACGACGACGAUGAGGUUUACCUGGCCCAUUGCUACCCAUAUACGUAUUCCGACCUGCAGGAUCAUCUGGCGGAAAUCAGGGCGCACCCGAUUAAGCAAAACUUUAGUACCGUUAGAUUGUUGUGCAGGUCUUUGGCGGGGAACGAUGUCUAUUUCGUUACCGUCACAUCUCCGCCCAUACCUGGCGAUAACAAGAAAAAGAGAGCGGUGGUGAUUACGGGUCGAGUCCAUCCGGGAGAAACGCCGUCGUCCUGGAUUAUGAAGGGCAUUUUAGACUUCCUGACUGGCGACACGGACGCAGCGAAAAUGCUUCGAGAUAAGUUCAUUUUCAAAAUUAUUCCGAUGCUGAAUCCAGAUGGAGUGAUAGUGGGGAACAACCGGUGCUCGCUAGCCGCCAAAGACCUCAAUCGGCAAUACAGGACGGUGAUGAGAGACGCUUAUCCGUCGGUAUGGUAUACCAAACUGAUGGUUCGCAGACUGUUGGAGGAAUGCGGCGUAGCCAUGUUUUGCGACUUGCACGCGCACUCCCGCAAGCACAACGUGUUCAUUUAUGGCUGCGAAAACAGAAGAGGCGGCGACCGGAGACUUCAAGAGCAAGUGUUUCCGCUCAUGUUGCACAAAAACACCGCGGACAAGUUCAGCUUCGAGAGUUGCAAGUUUCGAAUACAAAAGGCGAAGGAGGGCACCGGCCGGGUCGUCAUGUGGAUGAUGGGCAUCGCCAACAGUUACACCAUGGAGGCCUCGUUUGCUGGCUCGGAGCUGGGGACGCGGGCCGGCACCCAUUUCAACACGCAAGAUUACGAGCAGAUCGGAAAAUCCUUUUGCCAGACUUUGUUGGACUUCUACGACGAGGAUCCGAAGAAGGAGAAACUUCGCACGAAGAUUGUUGACCGUUUGGCGAAGGAGGGGUCGAACGCGGACGAACCUACCAACAUACCCCUCAGCGAUUAUUCGAGCGACGGAGGUGAAUCUUGUAGUAGCAGCGACGAAGUGGGUCACGAGGAGGCGGUGCCGCCCCAACCUCCGCCGCCGUCGCCCGCAGCGACCAAACGACAGUACAAGCCCAAGUCAUCGUCGUCCGUGCCCAAACCUAAAAUGGCGGCCAAGAGUCCGGGUGCGCCGAGGAAACCGUUGCCCAUCAUCCCGAACUCGAUAAAGACGAGAUUAGAGAGCACAGCGUAAUUUGGAAAGUGGCGAACCCUCCCGAAAGGGUGGUUAUUCGGAAACUCGAGGGGGUGCAGACAGCACGAGCGGCCGAUAACAUUUGUUGAAAAGUUUGAUUGAUAAGUUGUGAUAAAGUUCAUUAAAUUUUAACAGCAUAUCCGUUUCUUAGUUUUUGUCGUUAAACGCGAUUCGUCCUCGAUACGGGACAAGGUAAGGCUUUAGGUUUGCGAAACCAGCAGCUUCAUUAAGAAAGUAAUAAAUGAGUGUCCGAUUCUGUAUUAAAAAUAAGAAAAGCAUUUGGCAUUUAAUCGAAGCUAUCCACUUGGGGUAAUGUGAAGCACAAUCGGAUCAUUAAUGGAUAAAAAAGAGGCACUAAUGUCUUCUACAGAAAAAUAAAGUGCAUUAUUUAAAUUGCAUUACAAAAUAAAAAAUAAAUUUAUUACGAAAUAAAACAAAUUAGAAAAAAAAACGAAAUAAAACGGUGAUUCUCGUUACACAUUUUGGACCUACUUUCCUGGGACCAUAUCUUUACUAGAUGAUGUUGUUGGACCGCGGAUAAUAUAGUGGCCCUACUGCAAAUUUAUGCGCCACAGGCGCCAUCGAUAUUUUCAUAGAACAGAGAAUGACUUUCCUCGCAUGCCUCAACAUUUCGCCCACUGACCUGCACUUUGCGCCAUUUUCUUUCUAAACAGCGAUUUCCACACCCUUAACUCAUCUUUCCAGAAUAUUUAACAUAUUUUAAGAAAAUACUGCCCUAAAAAUGCUGCAAGUUCCUGUAUUAUGGUCCUAUCUCUGGUAUCUGUAUGCACAGCACCAAAAUAUUUUAUGUGUGCAUUUUUCAUUUGUUUUCAUUUGAAAUUCACUUAGGUCUCAAGAUUGAAAAUAUCCUUUUUGAGGAUCUUAAGUCAGUCCUUGAUUUAAUCAGACGCAUACUUUUUGAAAGAUAACAUUGUUGGGUUUUUACAAUGGUGUAGCAACACCGGAAUAUACAUUCACUAUAAUCAUAUCAACAAAUAAAUACUAUUUGCAAAACUUCUGGAUUCCUCCUGAAUCGGUUGUUGUUAAAUCGAAAUUGCUGACGUCUCGCCAGUCCUCCUGUUGGCUUCUUCAGAGUUUAAAUGAUACUGGCUCGCAUUAUACUCUGUACCUGCUAAUAGGCAAAUUUUUUGAUAUGCGAAAAAAUUUUUUCCUUUUUUCCAUUAGUUUAGCAAUUGUGAUUUUCUUAAAUCUCAAAACAUUAUUGAACUAUAAAAUAAUGUUUUCAGAUCGCGUCUUUUAGUGCAAAUGCCUAUGCCUAAUCGUUUAAAUACCGUGUUAGACCUGUGGGAGACAUUUCGAGCAAUAAAUAAUGUGAAACUUAAUUAAAUAGUUCUUUUUUGUUUUGCAAUUUUAUUCUUAAUUUUUAAGUAUUUUUUUUUCUGGAACUAUUAACAAUAUUCAUAUCUCGCUUUUCUAAUAUUAUCCCUAGCAUAAAAUGCUGUUUAAAUUGUUUUUCCAAAGUUGUGCAGUUCAUAUUUUUAUUUUUGUUUAAUUCUUGGAUUUAAUAAAUUAUUUCCGAAUUACAUAUUGUAUUAACAUGUAGCGAAUGCUAUUAUCUGAAAAAAUUAUGCUUAAUUUGUCUCGGUCAACUUUUCACGUUCAGGCAGUGUUGUGAUAUUUUCGCACGGUUUGAAAAUUUUCGGUAUUUUUAUCCUCAAAAUGUGCAUACCUCAAAAAAUACUAAAUUAAGGUAUAGGGGGAAUGCUUAAUCAAAUUGAUAUUUAGUGCCGUAAUUAAUGGAAGAAUAAUAUUCAGCAUGUUCUAUAAUAUAAUAAUAAUAAUAAUAAUAUUAAUAAACGAGAUAUAUUUCAUUGAAACACUAUUUGAACACCCUGUAUGUACUGGACUCUCCAAUCAUUGAUAAAAAAGGUCAAUUUAGUUUUUCUUCAAACUCACCCAGCAAUUUGAGUCUGGACCCUCUUCUUUUAUUACUUUCUCUAUGAAUAGCCUUGUACUGGAAUUUUUUUACUAACAUUUCAAUUUAGCGCGCACAAAUCGUUGCCUACAUAACAUAACCUUGCUUUUCGUAGGACGCAUGAACUGGGUUGAGUUGAUUGAAACAUUAAUUUCGGUCAAUUGAUCCGUCCACAUUGAUACCCGCAAUUUGUUAUGUGUGUGUAACUGUGUUAUGCUACGAUAUUUUUAUCUCGAAUCUAUUGCCCAUGCGCAUAACUUUCUCACCAAUGUUGGUUGUAAAAGCAUGAGUAUUAUCAGCAUAGGUGAGGCCAUUUAUCAAGUGGCCAUAUGAAACAAGCGAUUAACGGAUUUGCGCAUUUUGCUCACUUUUCGGUCCGUUCAUAAUUCGAACACGA